AUCUGACCCAACUUUCCUGACUUUUGAGGCCAAAUGACGAUUACUAAAUAAAACGGACGAUUUUCGCUUCGUUCGUCACAAUGUCAGGGCAGAGUGGUGGACAACGAGUGUGUUUGGCCAGACUUAAUGAACAUUUGACAUGCAAAUUAUGUGGUGGAUAUUUUAUCGAUGCGACUACUAUUAUAGAAUGUUUACACUCGUUUUGCAAAAGUUGCAUUGUUAAGUAUUUGGAGAGUAACAAGUAUUGUCCAAUCUGUGAAGUACAGGUUCACAAAAGUAGACCACUAUUAAAUAUACGUCCUGACCACAUAUUACAGGAUAUUGUUUAUAAACUGGUACCUGGAUGUUACCAAAACGAAAUGCGAUGUCGGAGAGAAUUUUAUGCAAAACAUCCAGAAGAAUCUAUUCAAACAAUAUCUCCUGAAGCUCGUGGAAAACCUAUAGAAUCGCACAUAUAUUCUCCGGAUGAAUCCCUCAGCUUGUCCCUGGAAUAUUCUGAUCCUCGUACAAAAGAUUUAAGUGAUACGAAUACUGGGAAAUCCAUUUUAAGGCGAUAUUUUCGAUGUCCUGCAGCAGUCACAAUAUUCCAUUUACAAAAACUAAUAAGAGCCAAAUAUGGUCUUGGUGAUGUAAAUAGAGUUGACAUAAUGUACGAAGAAGAGCCAUUAUGCAGUAGUUAUUCAUUAAUGGAUGUAAUGUAUAUCUAUCAUUGGAGGCGGAAAGUACCAUUGCACUUAAGUUAUAGAAUAUUUGAAACGUCUUCAAAACGCCUGAAAUUAUCGGAAGACAAUGCAAACUACAAAAAAUCAUUAAUGGAUGCUGGCAUUGAUUCUAUAGAAUUAAAGGAUGAGAAAUCGUUAAAACGCGAGUGGAAAGAGGUGCAAUUAAAAAUAUCAGAAACAGGAGUAAUGAGUAUAACCGAUAUAUCGAAUACAGUACAUAAAAGGGACAUCGAGACUUUACAAGAUGAGAAAAUUUCAGAGGAGACUAUAGCCUCUAUUGCGGAAAUUAAUAAAGCAGAUUCGGUGAUAGAAAAUUGUGGUAUACCUAAAUCUGUAGAAAUAAUGCAAUCUACUUUGAUCAUUGAUCCAGAAUUAACGAAAAAUCCAAUAUUUUCUGAUCCAAACGAUGCAUUCCUUGUUACGAGUGAUGUUAAGUUUACAAACGAGAAUUCACCGACUAAGAAUUGUAUGCCACUAACAACCAAUCAGCACAAUGGAACUGCUACAAAGCAGGCAAAUGAAACAAGAAAUUGCACCGCUUCUGCAAAAUCGCAACAAGAUGCACAAGAAGUAAAAGUCCAAAAUCAAACUGUUAAUGUCGAAGACAAAUCUGAGACAGUUUCACAAGAGCAAAAGGCUAUUGAUCAAUCGGCAACACAAUUUAUAGAGAAGAAAGUAGUUGAAAUCAAAGAUAAAGAAAAGAUAGACGCACCUGUGGAAAAGAUGUCAAUAAAUAAUAAUAACAAUAGUGCGGAUUUUCAGACUGAAUCUCAGAAGGAAUGCAUAAAAAAUUCAAGUGAAGCAAAAAUGGUAAGUGCUGGAUCAAAAAUUGACGCGUUAAGCGCGAAAUUACAAUUUCAACCGAAAGUAGGUCAAGUUAAUAACACUUAUUCCAAGAAAGCGCCGAAGGAAAAACGAGCGAUGUUUCAGCAAGGUACGAAAAAAUCCGAUGUAAAAUCAUCAACCGAAGAUACAAAACUUACUGAUGCGAAAGCGCAAACAAAUUGUGAGAAUGUAACGAGUAAUGCAUCAGUUUCGGUGGCAACUUCUUCACAAAAAUCGAUCGUGUCUACUACGGUGGCAUCUCAAAAUAUUUCGGAUUCCUUGCCAGUAUCUGAUAAACAAAAAGCUCUCGACGAAAAGAAUAAUCAAAGUAUAAGUAUUGAUUUGCAACAGGCUUUGAAUUUGUUGGAACAGAGAAACUCGCCUGUACUAGCAUCACCAGAGUCUGCUCCGAGAACGAGUCACACCACCGGUAUGAUCAAUCAGAGAUUAUCGAACAAUAUAGUCACGAUGAGCGAGGAUAUUGUGUCUACUACUGUACCAAACGUUUCUACAGCCACGAUUAGUCAGACAACAUCAACGUUUCCCUAUGUUUCGCUUCACGACAUUGUAACUAACUCGGCCGUCCUAAAAUCAGCAUUAAAGAAUUCCAGUAGCAUACCUCAAAAACCAUUAGGAACAUCGGCCAUUGCUUGUUCAACAUCUAACAACCAAAUAUUACCGAUGCCUCAAUUCAACAUGCAAACGUCACCCAUGAAUAUGUAUUCUAUACCUACGUCGCUGAAGAAUAACUACAGUAACGUAAGUCAAGAUGUAACUACUGUAACGGCUGCAUCCACAGCAACGAUCACUACGACGGCGAUGUCAAAACCAAUAUCGAUCGGUGCGUGCCCGAUACCUCCAUGUCCGGAUGCAAUCCCUAUAUCUCUGAUGAAACAAAUAUCCAUGCGUAAACAGGACGUGGCCGCAAAGGGUACCAAUCUGAAUGAAAUUUGCGCAAAAAUCGGUUCCAACACGAUCGGUUCGAAGAUCAAUGAUAUCUGUGCAAAAAUAGGAGAAAAUUCAAAGGAGAAGAACAGGGUAGAUGCGCAUAGUAAGUCGGAAGUGCCAGAUCUGCUUAGAAUAAGCGCGAAGAAGAAUCCUUCUCCAUUAUUACCCAAUUCAGAUACAGCGUUGAAGCAUAUACCGAAUAUCCCGAAUGUACCAGUGUAUACUCCAAGUAGCAAUGCGACGCCAAUGGAGAAUAAAAACACCAAGCCUGCCUUACCUACGUCUACAUCUGCCAAUGUGCUGGCGGUGUCAACGUCUUCGGUACCGGCGUCGUCUCACGCAAACCAGAGAUUAGCGCCUCUCAAGAAGCAGAACCAAUCGAUUGGAUACAAAACGUUGCGCGAUCCACCUAAGUCUUGGAACCCUACAUUGUCGAAAAAUAAUUAUGUAGCGGCAAAGAAUCAGGCGAAGGAGAUACAAAAUCAAACUCAGACUUCUAUAUCCGAGAGUACAAACAAACAGAUCCCAUCUAAACCGGCUAAGAUCUUUAAAAUGCGAAACAUGCCACGAUAUUUGGGUAAUCCCGCAUCAGGUGUGAAGCCCAUGUAUGGGGUCGUAAGCGACACGAAGGAGAAAGACCAAUCAACAGUCAACACGAAGGGUGCUACUCUCAAUAUGAUGAAAAUCGAUCCUAAGACUUUGUCGCCCAUCGUCUCCACGAUUAAUUCACCGAUCGUUUCUCCACCACUUUAUUCGCCGAACGCUCGAAGCUAUCAGAAUACUCCGUUCUCACGGGAUAUAUGUCGAAACACUGGCUCGCCUAUAUCACCAAGGAAUUCUCCGGUAAAUAUGUUGUCGACUAAUCCAUUCAUACCAUCUCCCACGCCCAACACUAAUCCUCGGAUCAUAUAUUCUCACUUUCCAUCUCCGUUCCCAGACGCAAGCCGAUUUCCAAAUCCUUUGAUACGUUCGCCCAUCGGCAUUCCGCCUCCUAGUGCCUUCCACAGUAGUCUACCGCCUUCGAUCAACAAGCUGUAUCAGCGAUCGAGUUAUAUACCGCAGACUACUGGUUACGCGCCAGUGGUUGGCCAACCGCCGACGGUACAGAGAAUACCACCCAGCACGCAUUCAUCCUCGCCAAAGUCGCCCAAAGCCUCGUCGCCGAGUUCGAUCUCGUCUACGUUCAAUCUUGGGAAGGCGGAAUCGCAAUCGCCGAUCACAUCAACGGUGGACAAUGUCGCGCUACUUCUCUCUAAGAACGUAGCCGUACCAGUGUCUGUGUCACUGCAACGAGAACUUAACGCGUUCAAUCUAUCCAAAACUGGUGGUUUGUCACAAAGUCCAACGUCCAACGUUGUUAAAACAUCGUCCACGAUGGACACGAAUGAUGCCAACGUUGAGACGCAGCUUGCUAAAUCGAAUUCUUCUUCGCUCAACUUAGUGGCGGUUACGGCAAACACCGAAGUACCCGAAAAAUCGAGCUUGCCAAACAGCGCUAAUGAACGAAAACAAGGUAAAGAAACGGAGGCGCGAAAGGUGCAGGAAAUCGUACGAUAUAAAGAAGACAGCUCCAAGGCGAAGCUUACGGAAGCGAAAUGCAGUGUAGAAGUUGCUGACAAUGUUGCGAGCCUGCACGACAAAAAGGAGAAGAAUCAAGCGGCUAAAAUCAACGGCGAUGUUACAAUAGAACAAUUCGCAAGUAAGAAAUCUAAGGAAGCUGAUAGUAACGACGAGAAGAAGACAACAGCAGAGACGACCGAGCGAGAUGGCCAAGUAGAACGGUCUUCGCCCAAAGAACGGAAUAGUAUUCCGAGGAUUAGCACACAAGCCAAUGACUCGUCAGCAGACGGUUCCAAGAACGAAGAUCUCGGUAAGAGCGGUGAGCAGAUACAGGGUAAUAAAUCUGAAGUACAAAAAAAUAAGGCAGAGACGUGAUCGAGAGAGGAUUAAUCGUCUUUAGAUGCGAGUCGUAAAAAUCUUGCUACGCGUAUCAGUUGCAUUUAAUUCGAGAUGGCGUGGCUUAAGUAAGAUCGAUCCUGAAUAAGCUUAUACAUAGCCCAUAUUCUGAUGUUUACUGCCAGUAAUUCUAAUGUUUCCAACCGCAUGAUUGAAUAUGUAUAUAUAUAAUAUGUAUAUAUA